AUGACCAGCCCUCAGCAAAUCUCGUUGCCGAUUCCUGCUGAACUCGUUUUCGAGAUAUUCUCGAGGUUGCCGUCGAAGGUGAUUGCGAGAUGUCGGUGCGUAUGCAAGCUCUGGUCCUCCAUGCUUUGCCGUCAAUAUUUCAUAGAGUCGUUUUUGACCAAAUCUUGUGCUCGCCCUCAGAUCCUUUUCUCCUGCGAAGCUAAGUUCGAUAUUUGCUUUUGGUCGGUACCUCAGCCUCAAAAUCAGGAAGGAAACUCGUCUGCUGUAGCCGCCGCCAAUCAUCUUGCGCCUUUCCGCAGAUACAGUAGAUUCUUUGGUUGUGCCAAUGGCUUAUUCGUUUGUGGAUAUGAGGGGGUGAAAAAUGAUUCAAAGGUGGUCACGGUGAUAUGUAACCCUAGCACGGGACAGUCCUUGACCUUACCAAGAUUGAAGUCGAGGACCAGGUAUGAAGUGGAAACCUAUCUUGGAUAUGACCCCAUUGCGAAAGAAUACAAGGAACUAAAAGAUUGUCAUGGAGGAAGGUCCAAUGUUGCAUACCUCAUUUGCCUUCUUCUUCCAUUGCUAUAUAUGUACAUCUGUGGUCAUUUGCCUUCUUCUUCCAUGCCUAUAUGCAUCAGUGGUGUUUUGUACUACAAAGCCGGCGCACCAUGCAUAUCUAAUGUGGAGUAUAUGGUCGUUUGUUUUGAUUUGAGGACUGAGAAGUUCAGUUCUGUCAAGUUCUUGGGAACUUCAUGUAAAGAACCAACUCUAGUAAACCACAAUGGCAAACUAGGUUUGCUUAUAUCAGGAGAUUCUAGAUAUGUUAAUCUAGAAAGAAGAAGUAGAAGUUUUGAGCUGUGGGUUCUACGAGACGCUGAGUGGUCCAAGCAUAUAUACGUAUUACCACCUUCGUGGAAGAAUAUAGUUACGGAGACCAUGCAUGCGCAUUAUUGGAAUGAUUGGUAA